AUGGAAUUAAAUAUUUAUACCACACCGUAUAGUCAAAAAUGACUUUUCUUGCAUUUUUCCACAGUUAUUUUCCAAAUGAAGCGCGCUUAUAUGCGAUCUUAAGCCAUAGAUAUCAGAUAACGCUCAGCUGUGAGAUAAAAAAAACUUCAUAUAAAAUUCUCGUGGAAUUUUGGUGCACAUCAAGUUCAUAUACGCUUUUGAAAUAGAUAUCAUUGUAGUCUUGCUGAGAUUUUUGACAUCUUCAUGAUGAAAAGUCAAUGAAAUUGAUUCCAUUUGAGAAGUUACAACGUGAACAAAAAAAAUAUUUUACGUUUUUGAAAUUUCAUUUGAUUUAAUCAUGCGCAAUUUCGAUACUCGUGCUUCAAUCAAGUACCAAAUUUUCCCGACCAGGGAUCCGUAUUCGUACAAACGCGACGACCAUUAUGUUGCCGACAACAUCGAGCCGAAAUGUUGCUGGGGCGGGGAGUUGUGCCUCAAAAUGCUCAUUUUAAUUACACUCUUAAUUCCAGUAGUUUUUAUUGCUACGCGACAUUUCUACCCCAAGAUUAAAGCCCUGAACGAGGAAAAAUUAUCAGUUACGAUUCAAAAUUUUAGACCUUACCAAAACGAUCAAUACAUUUGCGUUUCGCAUCAUUUGGACGAAGAUCAAAGUUAUUACGUCACAAAGUAUUCGACUUUGGAUCCGAACGCAGCUGCUCAUCAUAUGUUAUUAUACGCUUGUGAAAAACCUGUUUUCGAGCAUGGAAAAAUUUGGAGGUGCGGCCAUGUUUCGCCUGCUGAAGAUAAAAAACGUUUGCCAAUUGCAACGCAAUGCGGCGCUGGAGAAAGCGAGGUUAUUUUUGCCGAAGCUAUGCAAGCAGGGGCUUAUGAACUGCCUAAUAACGUAUCUUUCAAGCUAGGCCAAGGAACGAAGUAUAAAUAUCUAACCCUUCAAAUUCACUACGCCACUACUAACAAAUUCGACAAGGAUCCAAAUCUAACCGACAACUCAGGGUUGCAGCUGUCAUUGGCGAAAGAAGCGACAAAAUUCAAUGCCCAUACAAUGCUUAUAGCAAAUGGCGGGGGGCUCAUUUCGAAAGAUGAUGAUGUUACAAAUCUAGACAUUCUCUGUAAAAUAAUGGCGCCAAAUGAAAAAAUCACAAUGAAACCUUUUGCAUUUCGAACUCACGCCCACUCUUUGGGGCAAGUUAUAAGUGGUUAUACAAUAAGUACGAAAAACAAAACGGACUGGAAGCUAAUAGCAAGGAAAUCGCCUCAACUAAGGCAGACAUUUUACCCUAUUUUGAGGGAUGAUUCGAUUGAGAACAUGCAGGAAAUUGCUGUGAGGUGCUCGUAUAAAAACCCGACAGGUCACAAUGUGUACAUUGGGGCGACGAAGGCAGACGAGAUGUGCAAUCUGUACAUCAUGUACUACACAGAAUCGGGCAGUAAAAUGUGGAGCAGAUGUGCUAAUUCGUGGGAUCCAUACUACGCUUGGCACCAACUGGAUACACUUUUUAACCACAGCAGCCAUUUGACCCCGAAAGAAGUCACAGAGGUCAACAAACACAAAAAAAAUCAGCCGACUACAUAAAAUGCUAACGCUACAAACUUGUACAGAAGUGAAGAAGUAUCAAACUAAAUGAAACU